AUGUUGCAGAAUGACGAACAAUACGAGACGGUUUCACGAAAUGAGAUCAAUAUAGCCUUUGCUGAGAUCAAUGAGGAAGAAGCAAAGCUUGGUGCUAGACGAUUAGCCCGCUGCCUCCAGAAACUAGGCUUUCAGGUGAAAUUUACGGAUUUUAAAGUUGUUAAUGUUUUGGCAGUAUGCACAAUGCCCUUUGAAAUACGAUUGCCAGAGUUUACAAAGAGAAAUAGACCUAUUGCCAGUUAUGAGCCAGAACUUCACCCUGCAGCAUCAUACAGAAUUAAACAUUUAAAAGCAACUUUACAGAUCUUUUCAACAGGCAGUGUCACUGUGACAGGACCAAAUAUAAAGUGUGUUGCUACUGCUGUGGAGGAGAUCUAUCCAUUAGUGUUUGACAGCAGGAAGGAAAUUCUGUAAUUCCCGUCAACUCUACACUGUACAACAAAGCACCUUUGGAAGAAGACAAGAAUGUAGCACUAAACCGAGAAUGGAUUAAUCUUUGCUGCUAGACCAAUCAUUCCAGGGGUGGGGAUAACAGCAUUGCUUUGCAUACAGUUGUUCUGACUGUGGAGAUUGCAUUCCUUGGGAUUUAUCAGACAGUGCUGUGUUUAUAAAGUGUUUACAUGAUACUAAUGCUGCUGCUUUAAAAUACAUAUAUAUAUAUUUAUUUGUGCAGUAAUACCUGUGUGUCCAUAAGCAGGGCUACAAAGAUGUGCACUACCAGAGCACACAGAAUGUUUUUGUUUGCUCUUACAUGUUUUAUUUGUUGAUAUUUGUAACUUUUGUAUUUUGUGCAUAGGCACCAAAGAUGCUGGGAAAUACAUUUUUGUUCCACUUCAUGUAAGUAUUCACAUAAAAAAUUUAUAUACACAGAGAUCUUUAUACAUUUUUUGGUAAAGUGAAAAGCAUAUCUUUAGUAAAUAACAGUUUUAAACUAUUUACAUUUCUAGUCAAAAUAGCAUGUGUUUUUAUCCAUCGUAUGUAAAUAGAUGUUUUAAUUGAAAUAAAUUAAGAUGAUGUGCCCUUA